AGUUCCUCUCCCCGCUCUGGACGUCUCUGGCGCUUUUUGCCGCGACUCAGGCGAAAAUCUUGUUCGCGGGAGUGAACGAGUCUGGUGGAGAAUUCGGUGUGUUUGGAACAAAGGGCCAGGGCCUCCCCGGACGCUUUGGAGUCGACUAUGCUUUCAUCAACAAGAGCACGAUUGAUAUCUUCGUCGAUCAAGAAAAGAUCAACUUCUUCCGGGUUUGCUUCCUCAUGGAGCGCAUGGCACCCCUGGAGUACGGUCUGGGGAGCAAAUUCAACGAAACUUAUUUCGCCGAAUACGCCGAUGCGGUGAACUACAUCACGAACAUCAAAGGCGCCUAUGUUCUCAUCGACCCGCACAACUACAUGCGCUACAAUGACCCUUCGAGUCAGCCCUUCUCUGGCAGCGUGAUUGGCAAUGUCUCGGACCCCACCGCGGCAACGACUGCCCAGUUCAAAUCGUUCUGGCACGAAUUGGCGCGUCGAUUCGUGUUCAACCCCAAGGUCGUCUUCGGCAUCAACAACGAGCCACACGAUAUGCCCAAUCAGCUGUUGCUGGAGAACAACCAGGCCGCGAUCAACGGCAUCCGGUCUGCAGGCGCCUUGCAGCUUAUUCUCGCACCUGGAAACGGCUUCACUGGCGGCCACUCCUGGAACCAGAGCACUGGCGGCAACACCGAGCCGUCUAGCGCAUUCAUGAACAAGUUGCACGACCCGAUCUUUAACUUGGCCAUCGAUAUACAUGAGUAUCUGGAUAUCGAUUUCUCUGGUGGACACGCAGAGUGCACUCAGCCGGGCCCUUCGAACCUUGCUGGCGUCACUGCGUGGUUGAAGGAGAACAAGCUCAAGGCCAUUCUCAGUGAGUUUGGCGGAGGAAACAACCAAAACUGCUUCAACUACGUGACGGAGCUGGUGCAAUACCUGAACAACAAUCCCGAAUGGAUCGGGUGGUCUGCGUGGGCCGCGGGUCCUUUGUGGGGGACGAGCACACCCUGCUGUGGAGCCGACACGGGAAGUCUCGAGCCCGGUCAGCGGAAUGACCUCGGACAACCCGAGUACGUGACUCGCAGUCGUUUUUGGACGCUGACGCUGACGCUUCUAACUAGCGCCUUCACGACGGUCUGGGCACAAUCGAUUCGUCCCAACAUCCCCAAAAAUUUGAAAAAGUUUGGGAUCUCGGGCUUAUUUUGAUUUACGCUAUGUACAGCCCCUGAUUUGUGCUCCGUAAUACAUUACCGGUCACUAGUCCGAGGAGCAUGCGUGUGAGCCUGCACUCAGCCCUUCCGCAAGCACCGGCCGUCAGGACUAUAGGGACACGGAACUUGAAGUCGGACAGGGAGUAGGAGUCGGACCGAAACCUUGUGAUCCCCGCGAGAGGCAACACCGCCGUCGCAAU